GAAAACUGGUCUUUUCGCAGUUAUGCACUCUCGUGACAUCAAGUAUAAAUAUCAGACGCGACCGCUUCGACCAAUCAUACGGCACGAUCGAAAGUACGUGCGAGCUGAGGUGGGGCGCGUCCAAUCAGAUUGCGUUAUUCUUAUAGGAUUUCUAGUGAUCGGUGGAUAGUAUAGGAGUCUGGCUCUAUCGCGUGAUCGCGAAUGUUUGCGCGGGAAAAUUUGAAUUAGGUAUUAUUAUUGCAAGAUAAAAUUAUUUUUCAGAGGACAAUUAGCCUUCGAUUAGGGGCAUGUUUUAUUCGUGUUUAUAUAUUCUAAAUAUUAGCUAACAGAAUUGGCAGGGAAGAAAUUAGCCUGCUCUAAAGUGUCCAAGAAUUAUACUCUCGGAUAAUUCAUCUCUUAUUAGGUACAACAAUAAAACGACCAAUUUCCGUGCCGAAAUAUCCAUCGUAUUCUAAGAAACGAAUCGUCCCAUCAUUCUUCGAUCGAAGGACGAACAUCUAAUUUGGCUUAUAACGCGAAACAAUAGAGGAUGUAACAAUCUUAGGACAAUAAUCUUUAUUCAGACAAUCGUGGCUCGUUUGUGAAUUACGUAAGGAAAUGAGUCAGUCAACAUCCACAGGAAAGUCUGCCUCCUCAGUAUUCCGGAAAAGAUCAUUUUUUUUUUCCUUCUGCUUCGAGAGGUCAGGACAAUUAAUGCACAUCUUCGAGUUUAAUACCAUUCUUGUCUUUAAAAAUCACUCUGUGCGUCUGAAAAUCUUCCAUUGAAGCUGAUAAGAAAGUCGAUUGCAUUUGUAGAUCAUUCACUGUUCGAAAAGAAAUCUGCCUACCGCCAAAGGGAUCGUCAAAUAAAUUAAAUAUUUUCCUAAGAAAUAAACAAUUGUCCAGUCUAUCUAUCGAAUCAAUAUUUACCCAUACGCUUUCCAUUAUCUCAAACGGAAAUUUAUUAUUAGAUUUUGAUCUCAGCUAUUAUUGACUGAUAAAAUGAUUCAUCUAUGACUGAACCGAAACCGAAAUAGGGCGGGCGACUCAUUGAAAUCCGCGAUUUAACAUCCGAUUCAUUGAAACCCCCUCGAUUCCCGCUCGAAAGACAGUUCGGUUCUUCGUCAUCCACUCUACUGUUCCACCAUACGUUCUACAUUCGAUUUCCCGACACCAUCGAUCCGCUAGAUUCGGCUUUCUGUUCGCUUUGAUGCCCGCUCGUCAUCCGCUCGCGUUUUCGCCAGGGCAUGUAGGUUCUCUCGCAAAAGUAUCCCCCACUAGAAGGAAGCCGUAUAGUGAGGCGUAUGUGGGGUACGCAGCUCGCGCGCGUAUCAGUCCGCUUUGGUAAAGGCUCAGUCGCGAGCAGCGCAGGCCUGCGAUUACACACACACAGACGGUGGGCAAAGAUUUUUAGCCGGUUCGACGAUUGACCGAUUCGCGUUUUAGCGAACCGAUUCAACCAUGGUGUCGUAUAAACGGUAUCUCACCCUUUGAUCGUGUCGCCCUUGAAACAGUGAAUCCUUAGUGCGUUGGUUAACUCUUUCACCGUGGAGAGCGUAUAAAUGUGAACAUAGAAAUCCGAACGUCAGUGUCGAGUCAUCAACGAUACUCUUGAGAGAAAUGGUUCGAACGAAUCCAUGGAACCGAUCGUAUUAGAAACUAAUUAAUUGAGCUUCGAGGAGACCUUGACGAUCAUUGAGAAACCGAGUUGUUUACGCGGUAAUGGAGGAAGACGAUAAUCGAUAAGAAAAGAAUCUGAUCGAGGGAAUCUGAUCGAUUUAAUCGAUGAUCGAAGAGAAGAGGGAAGUAAGAAAGUGAGAGUAAUCGGACAAUGUUGGCAACGAUUAAUCGUGACAGUGUGAACGAACCGUUUAAGAAUUUCUCGAGAGACACGAGGUGAAACGUGUGAUAAAUGUUUCUGGAAGUGAUCGAAGAGAUGCUGACGCUGAUCGGCGGCCUAAUCGUCGCCUAUAUCGUCUAUGUUCUAUUCAACAACAAAGAUGACAAACAGAGCACGGAUUCCACGACGAUGGCUCAGACGGCGCUCAGGGAUAUCGUCGAGCGAGCCGUCGACGAGGCAAGGAAGUUACCCAGCCUGGGUAGUUCCGGCGAGGCCGGAAGGCCACCGGAAGGAAGGGGCUUAGCGGAGAACAGCUACGAGGACCUACUCGCUACCGCGAUACUGAACAAGGUCAUCGAGAAAUUCCAAAAGGAACAGGUGGACGGUAAUAGCAACGUUCUCCACGGAAAACCGGUGUCCGCGAACAAGUGUUCAUUGGGGGAGAACGAGACUGGUCUCGAUGAAAGUGUCGAAGAAGGCUGUAGCAGCUUGGAUCAAUUGUCCCAAGAUGACUGCAGCAGCGAAUGUAGUGCUGCUUGUUUCAAACGCGUUAAAAAUCAACUGGAACCUACGGUAUCUCUUAUGAUAGAGGAACGGAUAGAAGAAGUAACUACAACUUAUGCAUCUGACGAAGAACCAAAAGAAAACGAUGUCUUGCCCAUUAGGAACGCUCAUCGAGUGCCAUUUCCUGAACUUGGAAUGGACAUUAUCGACCCUUCCCAGGAAUCGUCAGAAGACAGCCAGGACGAGCCGGACACGCCGACCACGCACAUCGGUCUGAUUUCUCCGGUCGAAUCCUGGGAAGAGAAUUGGUUGUUUCAAAAGAAGAGAGUCCAGACGCAGGCCGACCCGGUGGCCAUGUUAGUACCUAAUCCCAGCGCCGAUUACAAGGCCCUGAUCGGUGACAAAGACGCCGAGGACACGUCCGACCUCUCCGAAUGCUCCUCGGCACAAUCCGACGAAGAGAUCGAGAAAGAGCUGAUGGAGGCCAUAAACAACGUCGUGCCGCGAUCUCCGGAAAGAACCGGCUUCGAAAAUGGCAUCGAUCAUCGAAUGGAAACUUUGAACGACGAUUCGAACCAAAAUCAUAUGGAAAUGUUUCCUGAAGAUACGUUGAAUCGGAAGAAUGGAAGUUUGGAAAAGACUGAAUCGAAUGGACAGAGUAAUCGUGUGCAAAAUGGGGAAAUGAAUGGUUACGACGAAGCCAAAGAAGUUGAAAUAGAAAGGCAAGGAAAAUUGGUGAAGAAAAUUGAUACAAAAUCGAUGAAUUUUAUUAACGAUGACUCGAGAAAGAUUGAAGUUGAAGGAUUCAAAGAAGGGGUUGAAAUGAAUGAUUCGACGGAUUUGAAAAGUUCAGAGCGAGAAGAAAAUUCUUUGGGUGCGCCGAAGACACCUACGUCCACACCGACGUGGACCUUCGUGGCAGACAUUAAUUACGGGAACACGGAAGACAAAGGGAUUGUUUUGAGAGAAGAAAAUAUACUUAAUUCAUUGGAAUGCGCUAAACAGAAGCUGAUGGCUGUUAAUGACGAUAUCGCGGAAGCGUUCAAGGAGGAGGAAGCGGACGCUCAACAAAAAGCUGACUUUCAUGCAGAGGAUAUUCAGCAAGAAAGCGAAUAUACAGAGCACUAUGACACUGCGACGCAAAGGCAUUUGGAUAGCUUAACGAAACUCGAAGCUUCGGAACAAGUGAAAAGUUCAGAAGAAAGUACAGAAAGCAGGUGCCGAGAAGCUGCGGCGCUCGCCAAAGCUGAAUCGGUUUCGCAUACGUCCCUGAAGAGCAAGAAAUCGGAAGAGGAGGUUCGACUAGCUGCCCCUCCAAGACCAGGUUCGAUCGCUGAACGAGAGCACAAGAAAUGGGAAAAUGCUCCACCGAUUCAGAACAACCCUUAUAGCGAGGAGAAUAUUCAAAAAAGACUGUGGGAGAGACAGUACUCCAGAAGAUCAUCAGACAUUCCUGGAAUUCACACCGAAUUGCCAAAGAGCAACGGGGAGAAUUUGGAUGUCGUGCUGACUCCUCAUGAACCGGAUAUCAAACGGUUCGGCAGGGAUUACUACAUCAACCACUCGAGAGCGUCGAGCAACGAGAAGGGACGCAGAUCGGCGGCGUCCACGUCGAGCAGACCGAGCAGCUCGUUGUCCCAAGGAUCGAGCUCAACCGGGCCCGACCAGGAUCAACAGGAGGAGACACGGUACCGAGAGACCGAGGUCCUCCUGAAUCGAAGCAACGACGUCAAGUCGAAAGUAGCGAAAUGGCAGAACAACAACGCGGAAAAUAAAUAUCAGUUCGCUGUACGUUCGGCUGAUAAUUCGAACGAGGCAGAGAAGGUGAACGAGAUGAACUCGAGGAAGAUCGAUCGUCAAAGGGCGUGGGAGGAUCAGCGUAUGGAGGAGAUACUGGAGAACGAGAGGAAGAAUAACAAGAACGAGAUUAACGCGAAGUUGAACAACCAAGAGAAUUAUGACAGCCCUGUUAUCGAGACGAAAAAGAAUUCCGAGGAGAAUACGCGAAAAAUUAAGAGGAUCGAUCUGAAAGCUUACGGAUUUGAAAACGAGUUCUUCUCUAAUGGUAACAAAACGAUUAAGACAUCAGCGCCGAGGGUUGUAAAUAAGUUGGACUUGAAAUCGUUCGGUUACGACGGUGGAAUUCGACGAACGCAGUCUAAUAUUCAGUUGAACAGUAUGGGAAAUGAUGAUUUCAAACCCAGGAUCGUACGAGUCACGAACAAGUCAAAUUUAACGCGACAUCGCGAUUACGGGAAGGAUCGUUGCGAUCUGAUCGAGACUCAAGCUUCCGGCGAUCAUAAUCUGACUCAAAGCACGGAAGAUUUGAAUAAGUUUCACGCGGAGAGUUUUAACGGGUUUGGCCUGAAAUCGGCUAAAUCGGUGCCGAACAUCGCCAAGUUUUAUUCGAAUACAGUUGACAGUAGGGAAGACGAAGAGGUGGAGAGUCAAAGUUCGUACGAUUUUGGGAUCGUGAAGAAUGGAUCGGUUAGGAAUAUCGCGAACAAUUAUAAUCUUGAGAAGUGUCACAUCAGAAGCGACGAUUGUUCGGUCGAAGAGUCGGAGAACGACACGGAUAAUUCAUCGGAGAAGGGACAAAGAUCGAAGAAAAUUUUGAAUCAGGAAGAUUUCGAUAAUAAGGUGUUGCCUAUGCCUUCGGUUAGGAGACUUGCCGAAGCAUUUAGCAAACAGUCUGAACACGAUCCCGUGGUUGCUUCAAAGGGAAACAAAUCGAGCAACGUGUACAAAGAACGAUCGUCGACGCCAGAGAUACAGAUAAUUGAAUCGCCGAGACAAAUGCACAGUUUAACAGCCAGGUCGUUAUCAAAACAAUUUCGAGAGGGUCUCAGACAAAUUCCAAACAAAGUGACCUCACCUCCAGCUAGCCACGUUACCAUGGAACAAGGUAAACCAACGGAACACCAACCAGAAGUGGUGCAAGCGAAAACCGACUCGUCGAAUGAUAUAAACGUGAUUCUGCCUGGAAAAUUGAAGUCGAAUAUUAUAUUCUGGGAACAGAUGCAAAGGAGAAGCUAGAAUACUGUAUUUUAUCCUAAAUUGUGUUCAAUUGGUGAACCUGUCGCGAAACAGGAAGUUGAAGAACGUGAGAACGAAAGAGAAUCCAUGUGAUCAAUAAUUUUUUCAUUUAGACUCGGUAAAAAUUAGUCUCGCGUGUGUUUUUCUUUGUUUCUUACUCUUUUCGAAGACGGUAAAGUUUCUUCGAAGACGUAACUUCAGAAAUUAUUAUUUCGAUCCACAGAAGUGUGUUUUACUAUCCUUACUCGAUGUAAGAAUGUCUAACACCAUUUGAAAAAGUACUUAAAUUAUGAUAAAGUACAGGCUCGGUAAAUGAUUAACUGAAUCAUUUAUCAGCGUAUUUGUUAAAGAAAGAAAAUUAUUGAUGUGAUUGUGCGUGUGCCAAAUGAUAACUAACUCGUGAACAGCCAAAGAGAAUAUUUUUCCAUCGUUCUUUCGAAACGUUCCAACGAAUCGAACUAUUAAUUUCAUUGUACGAACAAUAAAUUAUCUUCUUUUUUUGUGUUUUAAAAACAU